AUGGCGUGCACAGCUGCCAAAUCCCUUCUUAACUACCUGGUUACGGACAACGGUCGUCCGCUGGACUUCUCCGAGGGUCUCCAAAACACUGUCAACAUUAAGCGACUAAGCCUCAAGAGGAGGCCUCGAGCGGCCGUUGACAAUGCGGAAAAAACGCAAAGCGGCAUCUCGUCCGGCCAGUGGCAUUCCGCGGAGUCCCUGUCGUCGUCCAGCAGUGAUGACACAAGACUCCUGGGUCGACCUCCGCUCCCUCCACCGCAUGGAUCCGCGGCCGAUAAACACUCUUCCAGAAUUGACGGACCGGAUCGCGGCAGUGAAUUAAAGUCCUUACCUGCUGCAAGAGCUUCUUCGCAAAAUCCAAACCCCUUACUGGAGCAGACCAUUUCCGAGCAACGCCUGAACUUGGAGCAGGAGUCGACAAGCCACUCUCUCGGUAUCCGCCGCCGACUGGCCAGCUUCGGUGGAGUGAGCUCCCCUGGUUCUCUCUCUCGCUUCACCGGUUUGGGUGCUUAUGACGACAACAAUGGCGGCAGAUCUCCUAGCGUCGGUAGCGAUACGGAGGGACUCCGUGGCUCCUCGCUGGGAGGCAGAGGCAGCACAGGCUGCCUCCGGUCAAGCCCCCAGGGAUCCGGAAGAAGCGCACCGGUUUCCAGUCUCGGCCCCACGCAGCUGCUGAAUGUCCGUGAUCAAAUGGUGGUGGCUCUGCAGAAGCUGAGGGAGCUGGAAGAGCAAGUGAAGAUCAUUCCCUUGCUCAAGGUAAAGAUUUCGGUCCUUCAGGAGGAAAAGAGGCAACUGGCUUCUCAACUCGAGACACAAACUAAGGUGGGGAGUACAGAGGAAGGGCAAGUCAAAGGAAAGAGGGACAGCUCUGACUUCAACGACAGAGACCAGGAGAUGUUGGCACUGGAAAGAGCCAUCAAGACUGGACAUUAUCCAACAUGGCAAGGAAGAAGCCAUUGCCACGGGAAUGACAAGACACUUGACAUAGAAGCCCUGAAUGAACACAGUCAUACUUCCCUUGCACCGCAAAUUCAACUUGAACGUAACGCGGAAUUAGAAGCAGAGAUUCAAACCCAACAACAAGUUAUCGCUGCCCUAACGCAGAAAAACAUUCACUUGGAAGCGGAGUUGAAAGAAUCUUCUCUCCAGGCUGAGAUGAGCCGUCUGAAAUUGGAGCUUCAAGCUGCGGAGGCCAGAAACCGAGUGGACAAAGCCUCCUCCGCCGGGCCGUCCGAGGCCAGCCCAGAAACCAAAAGUCAAGGGGUCGGAAACCACAUUGAGCUCAAAGACGCCGGCGCUGGGGAACCUAUUCCGGUGAAGAACGUGGCAGUAUCGUGUUGUGGCCCCGAGUUGAAGAACGUCUGCAUUGGGCCGGAUCUAGCGAUGAGCCGCUGGGAGGUUAGAGAAUGCGUGGAAACCAGGGAGAAGGGCGUCGGGCUCCACGUUUCGACUAUCUCCCAAGGAGUCGGAGCGGAAGUGAAGAUUAGAGAUGCAGAAAGCAACACGGAGGUACCGUGGCAGAAUCUGGCACGGAAAGAAGUCAAAUCAGUCGCAUGCGGAGACUGCUCUGUGGAUGUAAUCAUCCGCCAGGCAAAGGCCACGGUUUCUCGGGGCGUAACAACAGAUCCGGUCAAAGGUUUAGCUCUUGGACUCGUGGCGUCACCCCAGACAACGUCCCAGCGUACCAACACCGCAUUCAGCUCCGUCUCUCGUUUCACAAACACAAGACAAGCCGUCAGCGUGGAAUCCAGCACAAAUGCCGUCCUCAAAAGCCAAAACAAGUACGCUAACACCGCCAAGACCGCUGCGGCCAGGACAGUAUCAGUCGGGAACAGGGUCAAAGACGUCAAGUGCAUCCUGAAGACACGCACGGUUGGUGUCGGAACCAGCCCCCCGGAAGAAAAUGUCCCAAAGCCAAAUACCCGAGACUUCGGUGUUGGAUUCACAAGCAUUCAUGAGAACUUCCUGGUCGGCCUUAAAACCCAAAACAUGGCCUCCGGACCAUCCCAUCUACCUGACCCAGUGAAGACUAGAAGCGUCGGCGUCGGGGAAGGGAGAAUACGGGAUCUGUCGGGUUCCAACGUUGCAGCCGAUCACCCGAUUGAAUUGCCUCAGUCCAAUUCAGAGGUGGACGGUCGCGUAGAAAAGAUACCAGCGGUACUCAAGCUGUGUACCGGCCCUCCAACUGACGGUUUUACUGAGCAGAAAACCAGCUCAUCACUAUCAGCCAGCCCAAAAACUGCACCUCAAGAAGGUCCACUGGAUUCAGGUAGAUCUUUUGCUCGGAUAUAUUUAUUCAUCUUCGUGUCGAGGAUCCUCGGUUUACGACAGAGUCUUGUUCACCGAUGACGCAACCUAAAUUUCAGUCUUCC